CCUGGGUUCCACCCUCAGCCCGUUUCAGUUUCUCUUCACUUAGGUUGAUGAUGGCCCAUAAUCAGACAGCUUAUGGGGAGAGGAAAUGCCAAGAAACAAAAUUCAGAGUUCUCCUCACUGAGUAAGAAAGAGAGCCUUUGAGGACCCCCUGUGGGAGUUGUCAGCUUGGAAAAACAGUGCUUCUUCAAGUAUUCUACAUUCCACUAAGUUUGCCCGUGCCCCCACAGGAUGGCUACCCUCGGUCUGUCUCCCAUGUUUGCUAUGUCCUUUGAGGACUCUAUAGAUAACCAGGUCUCAGAAUUUCCUCUUCCACCAAAAUACCAUUCCAGUCAGCAGGAUUUGGAUUUGUCGGCUUGCCAUGCCCCAGAGCCUGAUACACCAACUCGUGUUUCUUCUCAGGAUUCUGUGACAUUCCAAGAUAUUGCUGUGGACUUCACUGAGAAAGAGUGGCCCCUGCUAGAUUCUUCCCAGAGAAAACUGUACAAAGAUGUAAUGCUGGAGAAUUAUAGCAAUCUGACUUCACUGGGGUAUCAGGCUGGCAAACCCAGCCUCAUCUCACACCUGGAGCAAGAAGAGGAGCUGAGGAUGGAGGAGAGGGGCAAACAACAGGAUACUUCCCCAGAUUGGGGAACUACAUCUAAAAUCAAGUGGUCCAUUCUUAUGAAAGAUAUUUUUGGGGAGGAAGCUUCUGAUAGUGUGACACUGGAAAAGUCUCAUCUUUUGGAGAAAUCUUCUGAAUUCACCCAUUUGUUUGAAGUCUUCAGUAUCAGCCCUCAUCUUACUCAGCCAAGAGGAAGGCCCCCAAGCAAAAGGCCCCAUCGCCACCGCAGCUGUGGAACUGCUUUCAAGAAUAGGAAUCACCUGACUCAGCACAUCCGCAUCUAUGAUGGGAGAAAAAUGCAUGAAUGUCACCAGUGCCAGAAAGCCUUCACUACCAGUGCUUCCCUCACGAGGCACCAUAGGAUUCACACUGGGGAGAAGCCUUAUGAGUGCAGUAACUGUAGAAAAGCCUUCAAUGACCCCUCAGCUCUAAGGAGCCACACGAGAACUCACCUGAAAGAGAAGCCCUUUGACUGUAGUCAGUGUGGCAAUGCCUUCCGGACCCUCUCUGCUCUAAAGAUACACAUGCGAGUUCACACGGGGGAAAGACCCUACAAAUGUGAUGAGUGUGGCAAAGCCUACGGCAGGAGCUGCCACCUCAUUGCCCACAAGCGGACACACACUGGAGAAAGGCCUUAUGAGUGUCAGGACUGUGGAAAAGCCUUCCAGCACCCCUCCCACCUGAAGGAGCAUGUCCGGAACCAUACGGGGGAGAAGCCUUAUGAGUGUACACAGUGUGGCAAAGCCUUCCGCUGGAAGUCCAACUUCAAUUUGCAUAAGAAGAACCACAUGGUGGAGAAAACCUAUGAGUGCAAAGAAUGUGGGAAGUCCUUCCGUGACCUUCCAUCAAGGAGGAAACACAUGAGGAUUCAUAUUGUAAAGAAAGCAGUUGAGUGUCUCGAGUGUGGGAAAACCUUCCGAAACCAAUCCAUCCUGAAGACACACAUGAACUCUCACACUGGGGAGAAACCCUAUGGCUGUGAUUUCUGUGGAAAAGCCUUCAGUGCAAGCUCCAACCUCACUGCACACAGGAAAAUACACACUCAGGAGAGACGCUAUGAAUGCACUGCCUGUGGGAAGGUCUUUGGUGAUUACCUGUCACGAAGGAGGCACAUGAGCACCCAUCUUGUCAAGAAGCGUGUGGAGUGUCGGCAGUGCGGAAAAGCCUUCAGGAACCAGUCUACCCUGAAGACGCACAUGAGAAGCCACACAGGGGAGAAGCCAUAUGAGUGUGACCAUUGUGGAAAAGCCUUCAGCAUAGGAUCCAACCUUACUGUACACCGGAGGAUCCACACCGGGGAAAAGCCUUAUGAAUGUCUUGUUUGUGGAAAAGCUUUCAGUGACCAUUCAUCCCUAAGGAGUCAUGUGAAAACCCACCGAGGGGAGAAACUCUUUACACCAUCCGUGUGGAAAAGGCUUCAGUGAGUGCUCAGAUGCAAAGGAAACCUGGCACUUGGCAACCCAAUUUAAGAUACUUAAUAGAAGAUCUCUCAGAUACCAAUCAGCGGCUAGAUAGGUCUGUGCUGACACCAGAUGCCCACUGUGAAGAGAGUGUUCACAUUGCUUCAUCAAGUCUGUUACUAUACUCUGACCUUGCUACAAUAGAAACAACAGCAAUGACUUCAACACAUCCUAAGACUUGUAUGUUUGGGGGCAGAUGAUCACAGGAACAGGGACUGGACUUUGAAUUUGAUGUUGUAUCUGUUAGGUGAUUUUCUUCUAUGCUUGUUUGGUUGUUUGGAGGUCCUCAUACUACCUCUUCAGCAGCCAUGUGUGUGUGCUCCGUCACUGAGCCCAAUGGCUAGUGCAAACAAUGCUUAAGUGUCUUCCUUAUAUUUCGUUCACAUUUACCUUUUUGAGGGUUCUUGGUUUCACGCCAUCUUCCACACUGUAUAGUAGGGUGCAAUAUUGUUCUUCACUAGAGUUAACACAGUGGAGAUGCGCUCUUUAUGCAUUUAUCUGAAGACAGUAUGAGAUUUGGAAUAGUCACGAAGACACAUAGGUCCUUACUUCUUAGGAUUAUAUUUAGGAGAUCUUUAUGAAAAGACCUAUAUAUUAUACUGCCUUUCUCUUUCUGUAGAAAAACUUGGGGAACAUUAGAUAUGUAUCAGGGGCUUAGAUGAGACUAUAUUGGACCAUAGACUUUCAAUCCUUCUUGUGCUGAGUUUUUCUGUGUUGAUUUUGUUGUUGUUUUGAGGGAGUUUUAUUUGAAUUAUUGAGACAGCAUCUCAUAUAUCCUAGGCCGCCCUCAAAAUCAAUAUGUAGCUGAGGAUGACCUUGAACUCAUCCUCUGCCUUUAGCUAGGCUAGAAUUAUAGAUAUGCACCACUAGACCUAUUAUUUAUGUGUUUGUAGCAGAAAACCUAGUAGUUUUUUAAUUUAAUACAAAAAAUUUUGUGUUUUUUUUUUUAACUCAGAGACUAUUAUAACAGAAUAUUUACCUAUACCACUUUAUUUGAAGUCACAGAGAGAGGAAUUAUUUUCCACAUGGCAAUCAUGUGGAACGUAGCUGACUCUCCUCAACAUGCAUCAUCUACAUGUGACUUAAAUAUAUGGAAAGAGUUGCAUAUGUUCCAUACAGAUACUUUCCUGUUUUGUAUAGUAAACGUGGAUAUCUGCAGAUUCUUACAUUUACAGGGCUUGGGGGAACCAAUUUCCUAUGGAUAACUGUGAGUCCAAGUAGUGACCCUUUUCAGGUAUCCCUAGGCCCUUCCUAGGCAGCAGUAUGAGUGUCGUAUACAUGUGAGUGUCCACUAAGCUUUUGGGUUCCGAAUAUAAACAACAGCUAACAGAGCAACAUAAUGGUAAAUUCUCUGCGGGAUGGUGGGUUUACAUGUAAAGAUCUAGUGUGCUAAUCUCUGCUGUGGGUAAGUAGAUACUCUUUGCUGCCUUGCCUUUCCAGGAGACAGUGUCACUUAGAAACCCUCAGGAGGCAAGUGCAUUUCAGCUUAAUAGACUUAAAGUUAGUUAUGUUAUGCCUACUGAGUAACUGUAUAUGUAUUUAUUUUCCUAUGGAAGAGCAAUUCUAGCUCUUUGUGUAUUUGCUUCAAUCUAUUGUUGCAAAACUUGUAAAAGGUUUUCUUAACCAUGUCAAAACUUGACUUUCCUUGCUGUUUUUAAAAGCACCUGAAUCUAUAAUUCUCUUAACU